CGCCAGUGAAUAGGUUACUUGUCUUCAAUCUUUUUAGAUUCAUCACGCCGAUGCCGAUGGUGUGUGAAAAACGUGAUUAAACGGUUGCAUUCAACACCUACAUCAGGGAUUGAUUGCAAGCCAACAUGCGCAAUCAUACGCACAUUAGUAAUCCGGUAGUUUCUACGAGUAAGCAAAGACAUGUUUCUGAAAGGUUUUUUAACGUCCAUUUUCAUACUUACCAUACUAAAAAUCUGUAAAUCUUCAGAAUCUAUAAAUUUAAAUGAACGAUUAAUAUUGACCCCUUAUAUUGAAAGAAACGAAACAGAUUUGGCUAAAAACUUAUCCCUAGUGGAUCAUGAAUAUUUCCUGAAAAUAAAAAGUUACUCGGGCUUUUUGACUGUGAAUAAGAAAUAUAAUUCAAACCUUUUCUUUUGGUUCUUUCCCGCUUUGAAUGAGAAGCAGUUGAAUACGACACCCUGGAUUAUUUGGCUGGAUGGUGGCCCCGGAUAUUCUUCCAUGCAAGGACUAUUUGGGAACAUUGGCCCCUUAAAAGUGGAAGACGGUCAAGUGACAGCCAGACAGGUGACCUGGGCCAGCGACUACUCGGUCCUAUUCGUGGACAACCCGGUGGGCGCCGGCUUCAGCUUCACAGACCAUGAUGAUGGAUACCCGAACAAUGAAGAGGAUAUUGGUGCACAAAUGUACGUGUUUCUGCAGCAGUUUCUGGAACUAUUUCCUGAGUUGCGUUCGUCUCCAUUGUUCAUCUCUGGACAGUCGUACGCAGGGAAAUAUGUGCCUGCGCUGGCUAUUCAAAUUCAUCGGCAUUCGGGACAAGAUAAACCUAUAAAGUUAAAGGGUAUCUCCAUCGGAAAUGGUUUGAUAGAUCCGAAACCAAUGAUGAAAUAUAGUCAACUGUGCAAAGAACUCGGCAUUCUUGAGGGCGCAGAUCUGGUGAAAUUGAAGGAAUUAGAAGAUAGUGUGGUCGGUUUCAUCAACAAAGGGGAAAUUGUGAAUGCCUCUAAUGCUUUCAACGCAACCAUAAAGCACAUAGCACACAGGAGUGGAGUGAGCGUCUACAACUACAACCAAAAACCUUCGCCCAAAAACCAAGCUCCCGGCUUCGAGCACUUUCUGAACCGCCCUGACGUGAGGUCGAGGAUCCAUGCAGGUCUGGGGCGGUUCCACUUGAACAACCAGCUGGUCUAUGCCAAGAUGCUGCCGGACAUCAUGGCCAGCGUCAAAGGAUACGUUGAGGAGUUGCUGGAGCAUUAUGGCGUGUUGGUUUACAAUGGCCAAUUGGACAUAAUAUUGCCGUAUUCUUUGGCCAAGAACGUGUAUGAUGGCUUCCACUGGUCCAGACAGGGAGAAUUCAGGAACGCUACUCGUAGACAGCUGAUCGAUGGUCAAAACAAGUUAAUUGGUUACAUAAAGCAUGGUGACAAUUUGGUGGAGGCGCUGAUCAGACUGGCCGGACACGCAGUACCGACCGACCAGCCAGAAGCAGCGAAGUACCUGAUCGACCUCUUCAUUGAUGCAUUCAAAUCGGAUAGGGAGUACAUUAUAAUAGAAUAUGUAUAA